AUGGCACAAGGAACAGGAAAUGUCAGGUUCUUGACAAGGGAGAAUAAGACGGUGACGAUCAAGAAUGUGCUUUUCGUUCCAGAGGCUCUGACAAACGCGUUAAGUGUUGAUCAGAUGACUCGGGACGGUUAUGCUGUUAAAAUGGGACCAAAUAAGGGAUCAGGCAACUAA